GAGGGCAGGUGGAGCCAACUUUUGGAGCCAGACGAGUUUAGGUCCCAGUCUAAAGUUGGACUCUCCGCUUAUUAACAUGAUCUCCGUGUCAUGCAUGUUCGCGCUCGGCUUGUUGUCGUCUGCUGCGCCGGGCAGUGGUCUUCCAGAGGCGGGGAGCUUGUCAGAGCUGAGGAGGCUGCAGAGGGAUUUUGGCAGGGAUGUGGAGCCACAUAGUUCAGAGAAGUCCGAGCGGUUUGAACGCAGCGCAGGACUGAAUGAACAGACAUGUAGAGCAGCUCUGCCUGGAGCAGAGUCAAACCUGCGGAACAACACCCACACUUUCACCUUUACACUAAGUACUGUGAGUCCACUGUGGCUGGCCUGGGUGGGAGAAGGAUCAGGGGUCCUGCUGGUGCUCACGACAUUUCAGGUGCCGUUGUUCAUGAUGCUCUUCGGUCAGUCUAAUCUCUACAGGAGUGAAGACUAUGGGAAGACCUUCAAAGAUGUUACUCACCUGAUCAACCACACCUUCAUCCACACUGAGUUUGGCAUCGCCAGUAGUCCCGACGACUCUGGGAAGGUGAUCCUGGUCGGUGAAGUGUCAGAAAUCGGGGGGUUCCGACUGUUUAGCUCACAGGACUUUGGCCUCACCUUUGUCCCAAACGACAUGCCGUUCGAGCCCCUCUAUCAGAUGCAGUUCAACCCCAGAGACUCUAACAUACUGCUGUCACUCAGCAUCACGUUGGACCUGUGGCUGUCUGAGGACUUUGGCGGCACUUGGAGGAAGAUCCAUGACAGUGUGUGUAUGGUCAGAUGGGAUUUGAACAACAGCAUCUACUUCACAGCAAACUAUAACGGAUCGUGCAACGAUAAAGGAAUGCUAGAGUUGAGGAAGACGACAGACUAUGGCCAAACAUUCCAGACCAUUGCAACAAGAGUUUACUCCUUUGUACUUGGCGGGAAAUUUGUUAUUGCUUCCAUCAUGUCUGGCAAGGGCACAGAGCGUAUGAUCCACGUGUCAGUGGACGGAGGGGAGGUGUGGAACAUGGCUCAGAUUCCCAUGAUCAACCAUGAGCAGUUUUACUCCGUCCUAGAAGCCAAUCAGGACAUGAUCUUCAUACAUGUGGACGACCCUGGAGACUCUGGCUUUGGAACCAUCUAUGUGUCGGACGACAGAGGGACUGUGUUCUCAAAGUCUUUGGAGCGAAAUGUCUACACAACCACGGGAAGUGACACGGACUUCACCGCCAUUAAGUCGCUCAGGGGCGUCUACAUGACCACAAUACUCACAGAGGAGGGUACAAUGGAGACAGUAAUCACCUUUGACCAAGGAGCAAGGUGGCAGGCUCUGCGUCCACCAAAGAACAGCCACUGUGACACGGACACUUCUACCAACAGGCCACACAAAUGCAGACUUCACAUCCAUGCCUCCUACAGCACCACCCUGAAGAUGAACAUCCCCGACCUGCCUCACUCACAGCCCAACGCUGUGGGCCUUAUUCUGGCUCAUGGCAGUGUCGGAGACGCAGAGUCAGCUCUGUCCCCGAAUGUGUACGUGUCUGAUGAUGGUGGCUACUCCUGGCUGUUGGCCCUUAAAGGCCCUCAUCACUAUGAAAUUCUAGAUUCUGGGGGUCUGCUAUUGGCCGUGGAGCACACCAACUCACCUGUUAACCAGAUAAAGUUUUCAACAGACGAAGGGCAGUGCUGGCACACGUACAACUUCACCAGCGACCCAAUCUACUUCGGCGCAAUGGUCAGUGAGCCCGGCUCUCGCGCCAUGAACGUCAGCCUGUGGGGCUACAGGAACCGAAAGAAAGUUGUGAUCACCAUAGACUUCAGAAACCUCUUCAGCAGAGACUGCACUGAAGGAGACUAUGUGGAGUGGCUGGCUCACUCCGUAGACCCAAGUGGAUCGGAUGACGGCUGCGUGCUGGGCUAUAAAGAAAGCUUCCUGCGCCUGAGGAAAGACUCUGUCUGUUGGAAUGGGAGAGACUAUGCCGUCACGAAGAAGCUGUGGCCGUGUCCAUGUACAGUGGAUGAUUAUCACUGUGACUUUGGAUAUUACCGACCAGAAAACAGCUCGGAGUGUGUGGAGCAGGAGGAGAUGGUGGGCCGGCCGCUGGAGUUCUGUUUGAACGGGACCACAGAACAGCUGCAGACCAGUGGGUAUCGGAAAAUUCCAGGUGAUCAGUGUGAGGGAGGUUUUCAGCCAGACAGGAAAGAGACUGACCUGAGGAGGAUGUGCACCAGCAACCUGCUUCAUCCAUAUUCUCUGACGGAGACCAGUUCACCCAACGCCGCAGUCAUCGUGAUGGUGGUCAUAGUGGUGCUCAUGAUGAGUGCAGUCACGGGUGUUUGGCUGGUGAAGAAACAUGUCUGCGGAGGACGGUUCCUCGUGCACCGGUACUCGGUAAUGAGGGAACACGUGGAAGCUGACAAGAUAGAAGGAGUUGAUGAUGUUGACACUCAAUACAUGGAGACAGGGAAAGCACAAUACAAUGAAGAUUCAGAUCAGGACCUCUUAGAAUAAGGCUCCCAAGACUUAAUUUAACGCAGCCUUACACGAUGCCUGGGCGUUGCUGUUGCUCUGAUUAACAUCUGCUUCUCACUUCUCUCGAACGCACCCCCCCACCACCACUACUGGCUCUGCAGUAGUUUGGCAACAUCUCACAUUGCUUCGUUGUUCAAGUUGAGACUCCCACAAAAAAAAAGAGGAAAAAGAAAGCGAUAGUUCUGGGAGGGGGGGAGAAACUCAGCGCAGAACAGAAGCUUCUGGUUCCCUGAAGAGCCUUUGUUGUCGCUGUCACAAAGGGUUGUGUAAAGGCUGUUGAGUCUGAAUAUGUGCUCUGUGUGUUUCCUUUCAUACUGAACCGAGAAGCGACGGCCUCUCAUUCCAUGAUGCACUGCAUGAGUGUAAUACAGAGGCUAGUGUGGGCUUAUAGACAACAUUUUAUCACGAAGAGUAAGAAAGGGAACACAAAUAUGACAUAUUUUGUCAGUGUGUUUUUCAGCUUUUUACUCCAUAAAUGUAAUUUUGUAAGAUAUACAGCCUUGUUGUGCAUGGCAGGUUUGUUUUAACAGUUUUCUUUUUCUCAGUUUCACUCAUGAACUCACUAUUAUCGAGUUAUGUUUCAGGAACUACUUGUUUAGAAAUUGAUAUAGAAACUGUCCACAUAUAUUGUACGCCGUUUAUUCAAGUUUUUACAGGUGAGCGGAUUUUUAUUAGAAUCCCCAAAAUGCGAUACAAUCAAAACACUAAAACCAAUUGGAACAGUAAUACAUUUUUUUUUACUUUAACUAUUUGAUUAGGUUAAUCAAUAACAGGCUAAGAAUAACACAUUUUAAUAAUGUAAUUAGGGUUUAUCCGUUGUUUAUCAUUUUAUUGUUGAAAUUAACAAAUUAAGAGAAAAUAAGUGAGAAAAAACAACAUGAGCUUAACAUUAUAACACAAUAUUCCAUCAUGAUAUUGCAAUAAUGAUAUUUCACAGAAUAUCAAAGUAAAAGUGCUUGUUUGGAUAUAGAGUGUUGUAUAUUUUACAUAUUUUAUCAGAGAGAGCAAAUGAUGUGAUGCCUGGGAAAUGCAAAUUCCAAGAUCUCUGGCUCACCAAAGACAAUGACCAAGAUCCCACAGACAAUCACUAGGUCAGAUGCAGUGUGCUGAAAAUCAAUCUAAAGAAUGGAUGCCAUAGGUCCUGGAAAGUCAUUGAAAAGUCCUUGAAUUUGAUGUCAACCAAGGUGUGGGAACCCUGAAACCUUUCAAAACACUCAAACCAAUGACAGACAAUAAAUGGAUGGUUAAUUUUUACUUUAACUAUUUAAAUAGGUAUUUAGAAUAGCAUUUAAAUUGUUUUAUUACAGUUUAUCAUUUUAAUUGUUGGAGUAGGUAUUUUAAACAGUCAUUUGUUACUAGUUAUUACUCUGGGUUUCAUGGCGAGUGAAAGUCAUGGCAUAAAUGUUAAAAGAGCCUGAAUUUGUUUUUCUUUUUUAUAGACGUGUAACUUGUUUUUAUAUACAGUUAAGCUCAACACAGCCAAUAUCUUCUGCUCCCCGGUAUGUUGUGUGAAAAUGAAUGACUUGAAUUUCUGCCAAAGCACUUUUAUUGUUAACUGUUUGAGAUGAAGUGAAACCUAACCUUAUUUUAUAUUAUAUAAUGUAUGAUGUUAACACGAAUGCUCGCCACUUGAACUGUCUGAUCUCUUUGCUUAAGUAGGGGCAUCCAAUAAUGCCACUGUUUUAUUUGGUGUGAUUGUGCACAUUAUUAUUGAGUGCAGACAUUGUUAUUAUGGAAAUAGCGUUGCUGGUCUGUCUUCAAUUUAUAAUAUAACAUAAGAAAAACAGUAAAAUACCAGUCAGUUAAAUAUAUAUUAACACUAAUAUUUUCCAGUGUUUAUUGUAUUUUUUUAUUAUUUUGGCGCAUUUAAAAUAAGCCGUUUUACAGACGUUACAAAAUGUCAGUUAAGUGUGUUUGGUUUAGAUGAAUUGCUGACAGUUGUACUUUUAUUUUCUGACACAUUGCAGGGCUUAUGGCUGAUGCUUAACAAUAAAUAUCCCAGUGAAUAAGCUAUUAUAAACCUAAUAUAGAGAUAGAUAUUGUGACGGAUGAAAGAAAGUUCAUAUGCUUGAUGCUUCUUUACAUUCCUAACUAUUUACUGGAGUCCCUGAUUUAUUUUGCACUGUAUCUACAGAUCUGUGAAAAAGUUGCAUCUGCUCCUCCUCGAACAUCUCGUUGUUUUAUCCUAUUUUUCAUUCCAUCCUUUUUUUAUCUUCACUGUUUGCCAGAAUAGCAGAGAUGAAUGUCUCUGAAUCAAACUAUUCUGUAUGAAGAACUAAUACUGUGUUUGCAUUUAUUGAAUGAAAUUACUUUUUACAACA